UAUCCCUCCAUUAUAUUUCAGCUUUUUAGAAAAGAGAUGCAGAAGGAAGCAUUAGUAUAAAACCUGCCUGUUUCUUAAAGGUGAGCUAAUAAGGACUUUUGAGAUCUUGUUGCAAAGUAUUACAAGACUUGAACUUGGAGAAGGGAAAAGGAAAAGGCAACAGCAGCCAUGGAAAUAAAGUGCAUUGAAAGAAUCAAGGAGCCCACGCUGAGGCAAGUACUAUUUCUAUUCCUAGUCUGGUCUGUGUUCUGCUAUGUGGUGUCUGAGCAGGUUCACUAUUCCAUUCCAGAGGAAUCAGAGAAGGACUCCUUUGUGGGGAACCUUGCUAAAGACCUGGGGUUGGAGGUGAGAGACUUGGCAAAGCGCAGGCUUGCAAUCUCUUCAGAAAAGCAGUACUUUUCUCUCAAUGAACACAGUGGCAACCUGUAUGUGAAGGACAGGAUAGACCGGGAAGAGAUUUGUGGAAAAUCACCCACUUGUGUCCUAAACCUAGAGGUUGUGGCACAUAAUCCCUUGAAUAUUUUCAAUGUAAAAGUUUCUAUUGAUGAUGUUAAUGAUAAUGCCCCAUAUUUUCAAGAAGGAGAUAUUGAAAUUGAAAUGAGUGAAUCUAACUUGCCAGGAGCUCGUUUUUCUCUUGGAAAUGCUGAAGACAAGGACAUUGGAAUCAAUUCCCUCCAGAACUAUAUUUUAAGCUCAACACCGUAUUUCCAGCUAGAAAUUAUAGAGACCCAAGAUGGUGGCAAAUAUGCAGAAUUAAUCCUUCAGAAACAACUGGACAGAGAAAAGGAAAAAAAACAUGACAUGGUCCUCACAGCUACAGAUGGAGGUGAACCUAGAAAAACUGGAACUGCCACAAUUUUGGUAAAAGUAGUGGAUGUUAAUGACAAUACUCCUGUUUUCUCCCAGACAAAUUACAAGAUAAGCUUAAAAGAGAGUGCACCGAUUGGAACCUCUGUGCUUCAAGUUAAAGCCUCUGACAUUGAUGAAGGAUCAAAUGGUGAUGUCACUUAUUCAAUCAGCAGAAUACAAGGUGGCGCCAAAAAAUUUUUUAAACUAAAUUCCAAAGAUGGAACCAUUUCACUUACAGAAAACCUUGAUUUUGAGGAUACACAAAAUUAUGUGAUGGUGAUACAAGCAAGUGAUGGAGGUGGGUUGGCAACACAUUGCAAUGUGGAGAUUGAGGUCCUUGAUGAAAAUGACAAUGCUCCAGAUGUGAUCCUUACUUCCAUGUCCAGCCCAGUUCCUGAAGAUAUUGCACCGGGAGCUGUGAUUGCUCUCAUCAAAGUUCUUGACAGGGAUUCUGGAGACAAUGGGGAUGUUGUCUGUCAUCUGCAGGAUUUUGUGCCUUUCCAGAUAGUCUCCUCUUCAGAUCAUUACUUCAAACUCCUCACUGAGGGAUCCCUUGACAGAGAAAGGACUCCAGAAUAUAAUGUCACAAUCAUAGCCACUGACAAAGGCACACCUCCUCUCUCCACUCACAAAUCCAUCUCCAUACGGAUCUCGGAUAUCAACGAUAACCCCCCAUUCUUUGAACAACCUUCCUAUACUGCCUACAUUCCAGAGAACAACCCAUCCGGAGCAUCCAUCUUCCAGGUGAAGGCCUCUGACCCAGAUCUGGACCGCAAUGCCAGAAUCACUUACUCCAUUCUGGGCAGCAACCUUGAAGAGCUGCCUCUCUCCUCUUAUAUCUCCAUUAAUUCCGAGACUGGGGCCAUCUAUGCCCAGCGCUCCUUUGAUUAUGAACAAUUCAGGGAGUUUCAGAUUCAGGUAAAAGCCCAAGAUGGAGGCUCGCCACCUCUUGAUAGCAGUGUCCCGGUGACAGUUUGUGUUUUGGAUAGGAACGACAACACCCCCCAGAUUCUGUACCCUUCCCAAGCCACGGAGGGAUCAUCCCUCUUUGAGAUGGUGCCUCGGUCAGCAGAGCCGGGUUAUCUGGUGACCAAGGUGGUGGCCGUGGAUGCGGAUUCUGGACACAAUUCUUGGCUCUCCUUCCAUCUGCUGCAGGCCACAGAGCCCUCCCUCUUCAGCAUUGGCUCCCACACGGGAGAGAUUCAAACAGCCCGAGCAAUGCUUGAAAGAGAUGCUGUGAAGCAGAGGCUGGUUGUCAUGGUGAAAGAUAACGGACAUCCUCCUCUCUCAGCCACUGUGACUUUGAACCUGGUGUUUGCGGAGAACUUCCAAGAAGCCCUCCCAGAGAUGAAUGCCCAACCUCUUGACUCCGAGUCUCAGUCUGGCCUGCAGUUUUAUUUGGUAUUGGCUUUGGCUUUGGUGUCCUUUCUGUUCCUGGUGGCAGUGAUGUUGACCGUUGUGCUGAAAUUCCAAAGAUGGACAAAUGCUCAGCUUCUUGAGUCUGGGAGUUUGAAUUUCAGUGGUGUUCCUGUGUCACAGUUUGUGGGGAUUGAUGGAGUCCGGGCCUUUCUUCACUCUUAUUGCCAUGAGGUUUCUCUGACUAGGGACUCUAGGAAAAGCCAGUUUAACAUUUCAAAGGCAAACUAUUCAGGCACUAUGAACACUCAACAAAGUAGUGAGGCAAAGGACCCAAUACUUUCUGGUGUUGAUUUAAACUUGAAUAAUGGUGAGCCAGUCCUGAUUCAGGUGAGUAAACAAUUUUAG